UAGUAUCAACUAACCUUUCUCGAACAAAACUCAAAGAAUGCGGUGCAGGAUUUUGGUGCUGUGUGCAAUAAUAUGCCUCUUUGUAAUUUUGACCGAGGCCAGACAGAGGAGAGUUAAUCAUUCCGCUUAUAGAAGAUCAUUGGCAGUCAGAAGUGGACACAGGAUCGAGCUCAGAAGUGCUCGUCAAGGAAGAAGAUUGGCUGUGCGAGCCAGGAAUCAAAGGAAACGCAGAUUGAAUGCGGCCAAGAGAAGCAGGAGGAGACGUAACUUGGCUAUAAAGUCAAAUCGGGAAACUAAGGCCAAAACUGAGCCGAACGUCAGUAGUGGUUCAACUUACGCUGCGUUACCAUUGGAUUUCCAACCGAAUUUCGUGCGAACCACCGACCAUCUGCGAUCGGAGAAGGUCUUUUUGGCCAAUCGAUAUGGCUUUAGUUUUGCCACGACUUCUGGAGCUGCUACUUUAGCAAACCAUGGGAAUAUGCAGUAUACCUGCAAAAUGAAUAUUGGCACACCGAAGCAGAUGUUCACAGUGAUCCCGGACACUGGGAGCUCGAAUAUUUGGGUGCCAGGACCGCAUUGCAAAAGUGAGGGCUGCCAGAAUCACAAGAAAUAUCGUCCGGCCAAGUCUAGUACCUAUGCUAGGAAUGGGAAAUCCUUUGCCAUCACCUAUGGCUCGGGUAGUGUGACUGGAGUUCUGGCCAAGGACACGGUGGGAAUAGCUGGGCUGGCUGUCCCCAAUCAGACUUUCGCCAUGACUACCAAGGAACCGGGAAGUCUUUUCGUGACAUCCAAGUUCGAUGGUAUACUAGGACUGGGAUAUCAAUCCAUAGCGGUAGACAAUGUCAAGACCCUGGUGCAGAACAUGUGCUCCGAGGAUGUGAUCAGCAGUUGUAAGUUUGCCAUUUGCAUGAAGGGUGGCGGCACUUCCUCGCGAGGUGGUGCCCUCAUGUUUGGCAGCUCCUCCACCAGUGCGUAUAGCGGAUCCAAUAGCUACACUUACACUCCGGUGACCAAACAGGGUUACUGGCAGUUCACACUGCAGGACAUUUACGUGGGCAGCACCAAAGUGGCUGGCUCUGCGCAGGCCAUUGUGGAUUCCGGAACUUCGCUGAUCACAGCUCCGACGGCCAUCUACAAUAAGAUCAACGAGAUCAUCGGAUGCACUGCGACCUCCAGCGGAGAGUGUUGGAUGAAGUGCGCCAAGAAAAUACCCGACUUCGCCUUUGUCGUUGCGGGCAAGAAGUUGGUGGUCAAGGGAAACAAGAUGAAACUAAAGGUGAGGACCAAGAGAGGCAAGACAGUCUGCAUAUCGGCGGUAACUGAAAUGCCCGGCGAACCAGUGAUCCUGGGCGAUGCCUUUAUCCGGCAUUUCUGCACGGAAUUCGACUUGGCCAACAAUCGCAUCGGAUUCGCUGCCACUACGUCUGCCACUUAGACUAAUCUGCGUUACUUAUAAUGCAGCUGAUCUUGCUCGUACUUACAACAUACUUUCAAAACAUACCUUAAACUUUAAAUUUAGUAUGCUAAAUCUUGUAAAUCAUUUUGCUAACGUAUGUAUAUAUAACUUGUUCAUAUAUUGAAA